AUGGCGGCAGCCACCGAAGAUUUCGGCAGUCAUGACAAAACUCCCUCGCCGGUGGUAAUGGAAGCUUCCACAACCGAGCCGCGGGUGUGUCGUGAAUCAGACCAAGACUGGGAGAGUCCGGGCGCGCUCAUUCAUGACUAUCUCGAAAAGAACUCCCCGGAGUUUGUCAAAGUCCGCGACUUGCGCAAGAAGGGAUGGGAGAACCCUGCAGGUGACACGUUCUUUCAGAACCAGCGUCGUGUUGCCGAAAAUCCUACCGAUCGGGCUACGAUAGCUUUCUACAACAUGAUGAAGAGAAUCGGCCAAGAGAUGCAAAGAAACACGAGCGCCCUCAAAGUCAAAACUCCUAGCUGGGGCAAGACACAGAUCCUUGACAUGGGCUUGGCGCCUGGCGGCUUCCUCGCGACGGCCAUGUAUCUGAACACAGGUGCGCAAGCGAUGGGCUUCAGUCUUCCCGAGUUUGAUGGGGGCCACAGGGUCAUGAUACCCGACAACCUUGAUAUCGACCGCAGAGACGUCGACGUCACCAUGCUCGCUGCGGACAUGGGCAUCCAUGACAUUCCCGCCGAUCAUCCAGACUUUGCCAAGUUCCUCCCUCGCCAGUUCAUGCCCGGUCAACAAUUCGAUCUGGUCAUCUGUGGAGGAACAGUGGUGCACAAGCAAGAGCGUGCCUCGUAUCGACAUGAGAGCGAGUCUCAGCGACUGACCACCAGCCAGCUUGCGCUCGGCCUCGAGCGGCUCAGACCCGGCGGAACCAUGGUUGUACUCUUCCACAAGAUGGAGGCUUGGGGCACGGUUCGUGAGCUGUACUGUUUUUCUCAGUUCUCCGAUAUCAAGACCUUCAAGCCGACGACUGGUCACAACAAGCGCUCCUCAUUCUACAUGGUGGCUACGAGAGUUCAGAGCCAAAGCCCCUUGGCCAUUCAGGCUGUCUCUCGCUGGAAACACAUAUGGCAAGCGGCCACAUUCGGGUCUGAGGAAGACUUUCAUGAGGCUAGGCGCAAGAACUUGACUGAUGUCGAGGAAGUACUUGAUAAGUUUGGUGAUCAGCUUGUGCGAAAGGGUCGGAGAAUUUGGCAUAUCCAGGCACAGGCUCUCGAGAAGGCACCUUUUAUUCAGGGAAAAUACUCAACAUAG